CAACAGGUCGACUUCAGGUGCUACCAAUCAGGCUAAGCAGCACCACCUGUCUGGCGCACUCGUUUGAUGGCAGCCCAUUCACCACAUCUACUUCCAAAAUCACUUGAAUUCUUGAAGAUAUGAACAGAGAUCAAAGGUCACAGGGGGCCUGCUUCUAGGGGGCAGCAGGACAAGAUGGCUCAGAAUCUGCACUUGGGUACCUUUUCCAAGAGGUUUAAGCUUGAGGCCUCUUUGCAAAGCGGCCUACUGGAAACCACAUCGCUGUCUUACUUGUGUAAAGACAGUCAUACAAAAAGGGUUCAAAAUUGCAUGGAGGUGGAAACUUUAGCAAAGUCCCCUCUUGGAGACAACAGCUCUUCGAAAGCAUUGAGUUUGAUCAAUAUGCAGUGUGAGAAGCUUAUGCAUGUCGAACAACAGGAACCAGACACAAGAUCAGUACUUGAAAAUGGUGGCUGUAUUGAAUGCACUUUAAGAUCGCCGCCUGCUGCAGGGAUCUCUGUUUGCAUUGAGGUUGACAAGCAUGAGGAUGGCUUUGGGUCUAAACUUAAGAGUUGUAAGAAAGACUUCACGUCUUCAUCACAGAUUGCUGACAAAGAUGCCAUCAUGCCAGAAAAAGCAGCACACUCACCUCUGCUUUCGGAAACGGAGCUAGCCAUGAGUGUUGACAGUUUGAAGGUGUGUCAUGACAGCUUCUUGGCUAAACAUCACCAUUCUAAUGCCCAUGUUUCAGCACACAUGGCUAACGCAUUCCCUGAUAAGUUAAUGGGUUUGGAGCGAUCACUCUGCCUCGACCAAAAUUCAAACAUUUUGGAAUGUCGCUCUCCUUCUAAACCAAAUGACAUUGUCUCAUCCAUGCCACAUGGCCCAAAUGUUGCUGUUUGGGAGCACUCUUCUGCAGCCACAGUGACCUCAGAGUUGAAGUCAAAUGAGGAAAAUAAAAAUCCGCGGCCCUUGUGGAGAAGCAAAAAACCUAGAAAGCAACCCAAUCCUUGCCGCAGUGCCGAUAUCAAAGACCCAAACUUCCAGGGAGUGACAUUCCGGAUAAAUGUAGAACUGGAUGACAACAGGGAAGAGUGUCGACUCCUCAUAACAUCCAAGUACAGUAAGGAACUCUGCAAGAGUGUGCGGAAACGGAGAACGAGAAGGAGGGGGUCACAAAUGACCGGCAGCUCUGACGAGGAUAUUGAAACUGCUACUCGAAAGGCAAAAAUGUGUGCAUCGUGCUGCACCAGAAAGACCCCGAUGUGGAGAGAUGCAGAGGAUGGAACCCCUCUCUGCAAUGCUUGUGGGAUAAGGUACAAAAAGUACAGGGUGCGCUGUACUAACUGCUGGAAUAUCCCGAGAAAAGAAUACAACUCUACCUCAUUCUGCCUCAAGUGUGGAAAUGUGAGGCUGAAACACAUAGUCUAGAAGUUGCACUUUUAUCCCCACACAAAGGAUAUGACAGAGUUGCUGUAAGGCAAAUCAGGGUUUUAGAUGCCUCUUAAAUUAUUUGUAUAGGGAAGAUAACACAAUGAGAAAAAGUUAAGUUUAAAUGCUUGUUGUGGCUGUUCAAAAGGAGGUUUGAGUUCUUUGAAAAUGUGAUGCUGACAUACACAGUUCAGUAUGGGUCCAUUGGAAUUUUUCAUUCAUUUUCCAAACCUCUCCUCGCGCAUCAGCUGAACUAAGCUGUGUUUGAAAAGAUGUUUGUUGCAAUUAUGUUACUAAUUUGUGUGUCAGUGUGUUUUUAUUUUUGUUUAUUUGGGUUCAUUAUGGUUUUGGUGGUAGGAUGGCUUUACUGGUUGAAGUGGAAUUGAUUUCCUUGUCAUGCAAGUUUUAAAGAAUUAAAAAGAAUUUUGUGUGAACAAAAUACAAUGCUAUUGGUC